AAUACACUCUCUGUUAUCCCUACCCCCCCACCCCCCACCCCUCGCCGCCGACCUUUUUUUCUUCACCGGAAAAUCUUCGAGUUCUACGCCGGUGUUAUUUGCUUCGAUUACAACUCCGUUUUCUUCUUCUUCAAUCAAAUCUGUGUGUGAUUGCUGUUUGCGCCGUCGCCGAAUCUUCUAAAGAGUUUUUUCGUUUUUUUUUCAUGAUCUGUGAAGAGUCUGAUCUGAUCUAAGCCGUCGAUCUAAGAUAUGGAUAGGAUCGUCGGAGGUAAAUUCAAGCUCGGCCGAAAAAUCGGUAGUGGAUCGUUUGGUGAAAUUUUUCUCGCUACGCAUAUUGAUUCAUUUGAGAUCGUCGCUGUCAAAAUUGAGAACAAUAAGACCAAACAUCCUCAACUUCUCUACGAGGCCAAGUUAUACAAUAUUCUCCAGGGAGGAAGUGGUGUACCACAUAUAAAAUGGUCUGGUGUGGAUGGUGAUGACAACGUUCUGGUCAUGGAUUUAUUGGGUCCUAGCUUGGAAGAUCUCUUUGUCUAUUGUGACCGGAAGCUUUCAUUGAAGACUGUUUUAAUGUUGGCGGACCAGAUGAUCACCAGAAUCGAGUAUGUACAUUCUAAGGGCUUUCUACACAGGGAUAUUAAGCCUGACAACUUUCUGAUGGGUCUUGGUCGGAAAGCAAAUCAGGUUUAUAUUAUUGAUUUUGGUCUUGCUAAAAGAUACCGUGAUGCGACUACAAAUCGCCAUAUUCCUUACAGAGAGAACAAAAAUUUAACUGGAACAGCACGCUAUGCCAGUUGUAAUACUCAUCUCGGAAUUGAGCAAAGCCGGCGGGAUGAUUUAGAAUCUCUUGGAUAUGUUCUCCUUUAUUUCUUGAGAGGCAGCCUCCCAUGGCAGGGUCUAAAAGCUGCCACAAAGAAGCAAAAGUAUGACAAAAUAUGUCAAAAGAAGUUAUCAACUCCUAUUGAGGUUUUAUGCAAGUCUCAUCCUGUUGAGUUUGCGUCGUACUUCCAUUACUGUCAUUCGUUGACAUUUGAUCAGCGACCUGAUUAUGGAUUCUUAAAGCGCCUCUUUCGUGAACUUUUUACCCGUCAAGGAUAUGAAUUUGAUUACAUAUUUGAUUGGACCAUCCUAAAGUACCAACAGGCACAAACAAGUAAACCACAGCAUCGGCAAGUUGGUGGUGAAAGUAGCCGAGCAAUUCCAAUGGAUGUUGAAAAGCGUCAAGUUUCUACAGGCAACAAUGGACCUUAUGUUGCUGAGGUGACUGAUCGCCUAAGGCCGAAUAACCCUUCCAGUCCUGGAAUUCGUAUGCAAUUUAAGUCACCAACAAACAGGAAUUUAACUUCUGCCAAUCUUGAGAGAAAUGUAUUAAGUAGUGCUCAUAUGCCAUCUUCUUCAUUGGCUCCUGUUUUACCAAGAGCAAAUGCUACAAAACCUGUUUUACCCACAGAAACAACACAUGAUGGUGAUAAUGGAGGCAGUAGCUGGAUGUCCUCCUUGCGACGUAUUUCUUCUGCAAAGUGAUAAAAAGUAUAAGAUGAAGAUGAAGUUGAAGUUGGGGCUAGUGAGCCUUCAAAUUGGGCAGCUGAUACUUAUUUUAUGAUUACAAGCUGGUUCGGAUGACUAUGGUGGCUGAUCAUGGCCCGCUGCAAUUUUAUGAGUUCAAGAGGGUGGUGUGAAUUGAGCAGGACAUGAAAGCAGAUGGCAGCUGUUUGUCUUUCUAUGGGAGCUCGGGUUAGAUAUUUUUCCUAAGAUGACUAUAAACAAAUUGGUCCAUCCUUGCAUUAAGAUCAGGAUGGUUCCUGUCCGCUGAAAAAAUGAAGCACUAGAGACAUCUUUGUCUCCUAAUGUAAAAAAUAUAUCAUAUGCGAUUGUCAAAAAUUGUGCAGUUCCUUUUGUGCAUACAGAAGUGGUUAUUUUCUUCACUUGCUUCUUUACUUGCAAAGUUGCAUGUGUUGUAAUCUUUAUUGCUUAAUUAUGUGGUGAGCCAAUGGUUUGUUGCAAACAUGUUCAUAAUGGAAUUGGAUCUUGUACAGCUAUGAAAUUUAGUUUGGUAAUGUGAUAUACAAACGAAAACACUCUCUGUUCUCAUCAGAAGGAUUGUGAAGUUUUGAUGUACAGAUUCAUAUAUGGACUUUUCUUUCUCCACCACUCAUCCCACUUACAUUAAAGUCUUAUCGCUCUUUUGAAUCCUGUUUCCAUCUGGCCCAGUAGGUGAGCUUGCCACCAGGUAAUGUUUUGUUGUUAGUUUUGAUUUGGUAAUUUCACGUGAGUUGAUGGUCUGAUUCGCUCGAGAUGAUUUCCUUUUUAACAGUAAGCAGUUUUGACCUCCCUUAAAUGUGCUUAGGCUGGCAUAUGUACUGUGACUAGCCUUCACAGUUUCUUUUAAAACAAAAAGACUGUUAACAUAUUGUCCGUAAUUUGCAAUCAGCUUCUCAAUUAUUGUCUUUUCGCUAUUUGCAGGAAUCAUUCCAUUUGAUGAUAUGCCCGUGAGAUGUUGUUUCUGUCGGUGUAAUGAUUCCCCUUGGAUUCAAUCAACUCCAGAAGAAGAUGAACUAGUGAUUGCGUUGUUAGGUUUGUUGAUUGUGUGAGGGAUCAAGUAUUCACUGGUUCCUUGGUACCAUUCUUCCUGAGCUUAUAUUCCUGCUCUCAAAUGUCUCUGCUUCUAAACUUGCUAGGUUCGUGAUGAAAUCGUGCUGGAAAACUUCAUAUCAUCGAGUAAUGAAGCUUCUGAAUGACGUCUCAACUGAAUAUCUAUUGGACUUGUCAGGACUUGAGACUGGGAGUUUCGACACCCAAAGUUCGUGCUGAUUUCGUUUUCAGCAAGGCUAUGGUGCACCCAUCAUGGUGCUGGAAGAAUAUUUGGUUACACAUUUGAGUCCCAGGUUAUAUAAAUAAUCAGUAAGUGUCCGUUUAGCAUUGAAAUAUUCCUCUCAUUAUUUGCAUAACCAAGAAUAUUUGGUUACACAUCUAAUUUUUCUAUAAUCGAAUGUCAGUAGGGGCAAAAAUAAUUUUUAUUACUUGAUAAAAGCGACGUAUUUCAGUUUA